CGCAGCUGGCCCCGGCUGUGUGGGCUCGCGGCUCUUGACAGAUGGAGCUGCUCUGACUCGGGAUCGGCGCUGACAGCAUUUCGGACGUUGAGGGGAAAAAACAAAACAAAUCAGGACGGAAAUCCGGGUUUCCAUCUGCAAUGACAAACGAACAGAGCGAAAAUGGAGAAAACUCGACGAACUCGCAGAGCGAAAUGCUGAUCAACCAGCUGAGGGAGAUCACUGGCAUCCAGGACCCACAGAUCCUCUACAGAGCCUUGACUGCCAGUCAGGGUGAUGUUGGACAUGCAGUUGGACUGCUAACAGCACAGCCCGCAGAGCUUCAGGAUCCUGGAGAACCUCAGGAGUCAGGGAACCCUGGAGAGGCCUGGGAGGGCCAGAAAGGGAUUCCUAAAGAUGAACUGCAGACCGCCAUCGAACUCAGCCUGCAGGAGUCCCAUAACGCCCAGGAGGAGGAGAGAGAAUUUCACAGGGCUCUGGAGGCCAGUGCCGAGGAGAGCGCAGCGAGAAUGAAGAGGAAGCGAUGCGAAGCCCAGAGCGACAUGUGCAGCCCCUCGGACUGGGUACGCCAGGGCGAGUGGCCUGUGGGCAUCCGCAACGUGGGCAACACCUGCUGGUUCAGCGCCGUCAUACAGUCAUUGUUCCACCUGCCUGUGUUCAGGAGGCUGGUGCUCAACUACCACCUGACUGAGCGACUGCUGGAGAAGUGUAAGAGCCACUCAGACAAAAGGAACAUCGCUUUCAUGCAGGAGCUGCGCUGCCUCUUUGCCCUCAUGGUGGGCUCCACCCGCAGGUUUGUAGAUCCCUCUGCUGCCGUGGAGUUACUGAGAGAAGCCUUCAGGACCAAUGAGGCCCAGCAGGAUGUCAGCGAGUUUUCCCACAAACUGCUCGACUGGCUCGAAGAUGCAUUUCAGUUGGCUGCCAGUGGAAAUAACGCGGAAGACAAACAGAAAAACCCCAUGGUGCAGCUCUUCUAUGGCACGUUUGUGACAGAGAGAAGACAUGAAGGUAACACGUUUUGCAACACGGAGCAGUUUGGCCAGUAUCCACUUCAAGUCAACGGCUUCAACAACCUGGAUGAAUGUCUCGAAGGAGCGAUGGUCGAGAAGGAGAUCGAGUCUGUCCAUUCGGAUCACGGUGUCACAUCCGGUCGUGAGAGAUGGUUCAAAAAGUUACCGCCAGUCCUGACGUUCGAGCUGUCGAGGUUUGAGUUCAACACCCAGCUCGGUCGUCCGGAGAAGAUCCACAAGAAGCUGGAGUUCCCGCAGAUCAUUUACAUGGACAGAUAUCUUCAUAAAAACAUAAAGCAGACCAAUGAGAGAAGAAGUGAAGUGAAAAGACUUAAGGAGCAACUGGCAGUCCUUCAGCAGAAAUUUGAGUGCUACAAAAACUACGGCUCGGGACCGAGCAAGUAUCCUCUGGCGGACAUGUUGCAGUUUGUGUUGGAGUUUGCGACCACCAAGCCCACGAAUCUAUCCCCAGCUGAAGAUCUGAGACUCGCGGCAUCUUCACCGACUCCUGCAAACCACCCUCUAAGUGAACCCGUCUCCAGCAGUGAACCAGCGGACACAGACUCACCUGACGGCCUGCUUUCCGGUGUUUCCAGUUGCCAGCGGACGCCGAUAUACAAGCCCUUCACGCAGUGCAGACACCCGGUGGACUGCUCGCCGCACCCGGCGCCGCACAGCGUCACCGACGAGGAGCUGCACUUUGUGAAGACCUGCCUGCAGCGCUGGAGGACGGAAGUGGAGAGCGACAUAAGCGAGCUGAAGGCCAACAUCGACAGGCUCUCGCAGAAACUGGAGGGCAUCUACGCGGACAACAGUCUCUGCCAGGUUCCCUACAGACUCCACGCUGUGCUCGUGCACGAAGGCCAGGCGUCGGCGGGCCACUACUGGGCCUACAUCUACGACCACGGCAACCAGCGCUGGAUGAAGUACAACGACAUCUGCAUCACCGAGUCGGCGUGGGAGGAGCUGGAGCGGGACUCGUUCGGCGGCAUGACCAACGCCAGCGCCUACUGCCUGAUGUACAUCGACGACCGGCUGCCCUACCUCAUCACAGAAGACACCGAUGACGAGACAGGCCAGGUGCUGCAUGGCAUGGACUCCCUGCCGCCCGUCCUCAAACGCUUCGUCCAUGAAGAUAACCGCUGGUUCCAGCAGGAGCUCAGUGAAUGGGAAGAGCAGUUCUGUCAGACGGCAACGCCACAGGAGGAGUCCGCUGCUGCUGCUGCUGCUGCUUCUGCAGAGUCGCCUGAUCCUGGACCCGACAGUGCAGAGCAACAACCUGUUGAGCCAGCACCUCAGUCAGGACCCAGCAGUGAAGAGCUGGACCAGGGAGCUGCUUCAGAACCACAACCAGAUCCAGAAGUGGAGAAGGAUCCGGAGCCAGAACCGGAAGAGAAGCCUGAAGAGGAAUCAGAGUUAACGCCGCCGCCGCCGCCGUCACAGAGCGAUGGCUGCCAGCCAGACGACAGCGGCAGUGCAGCAGCAGUCACCGACACCACGGCGUCGAAUCAGAGCUCCGCUCCAGCCGAGAAGGAGACGCAGGAGAGUCAGACGCCUGAUCCCGAAGCAGAGCUUAGCAGCCAGGAGUCGUCUGACCUCCACGAGGAUAAAGGAGACGCUGAGGCGACGGGCUGCAGCUCGGAAAAAACAGAAGGAGAGCCGGAGGCUCCGAGAGAAAAUCCUGAGCGUGAGGCUGAGCAGGAGGGCGAGGGGGAGGAGGCGCAGCAGCAGCAGCAGCAGCAGGAAGUCCCAGCGAGACCACGACGGACCGAGAACGAGGUCUCGGAAGUGGAGAUCCCCAACGUGGGCAGGAUCAUGGUGAGAGCGGAUGCUGAUGGAUACAACGAAGAGAUGAUGCUGACUCCAGCGAUGCAGGGUGUGAUUCUGGCCAUAGCCAAGGCCCGACAGAUUUUUGACAGCGAAGGCCCCGAGGCGGGCCUCAUCAAGGCUUUCCACGAGGAGUAUUGUCGCCUGCAUGAACUCUCCGAGGAGGAGGCGACGCCUCAGGAGGACGCUCGUCUGCAGCACUCUCUCGUCUACUUCUUCCAGAACGAGGCGCCCAAGCGCGUCAUCGAGAGGACGCUGCUGGAGCAGUUCACGGACCGCAACCUGAGCUUCGACGAGAGGGGCAUCAGUAUCAUGAGGGAAGCCCGUGCCAAGCUGCGCCUCAUCAAGCCAGAAGACAUGGACAUGGAUGAAUAUCUGCAGUGGCACGAUGAAUACAGGCUGUUCAGGACGGUGUUCGUCUACCUGCUCACGGGGCUGGAGCACUACCAACACGGGAAAAUGAAGGAGGCGCUGACGUACCUGGCGCACGCGUACGAGACCAACGCCAGCCUGCUGAAGAACGGCGCGAAGCGCGGCGUGGACAAGUCUCUGAUUGCAGUUUACAGGAGGAAAUGUCUCACUACGUUGAACGAGAGCGCGUCGCGGCUGUUCGGCAGCGGCGAGGAGAGCAAAGUGGAGGAGGGCGUCGCCAUCAUGGACGACGCCGUCAUCCCCUGCCUCCACCUGAUGAGCCGCGACUCGGCUUUGUCCCAGGACGACCGGGACGCCAUGGAGAGCAUCCGCAGCCACUGGUGCUGCUGUCUGGGCCAAGACAUGGAGGACUCGCUGCAGGUGAAGCUGGGUGAGUUGCUUCCCAGGGUCCUGGACGGCACGUCGGAGACCGUGGUGCUCAAAGACCCCCCUAAAGUCCACGUGAACCAGGCCCACGACCUGUGCAGUCGCCUGGCGGCCGUCAUGGAGUCCCUUCACAACACCACGAUAGUCACCGUCAAGUAAAGUCCGAAAUGAAACCUCCUUCUGCCGUGCGCUGCCACUGCGAGCGCCGCGGACGAUAGACUGUUGGGACUGUGGGGAUGAGACAUUGGUUUAGUUUUUACUCGGCUCUUUUUUUAUCAGCUGGUUUUGGUUUUGCACAUAAACAUGAUUUUGACAUGUCAAGAAAAGCACUCGUUAGGGAUUCAUUUAAGGAUUGAUCAUGGCUGUCACACGAUGACUACGUGCUCAUUGCAACAGCAUUGCCAUAUCAAGACAUUAAAGCUUUUUGAGUUCAUUUCUAAUCAUGCUUAAAAAAAAUCUACUUGAAAGUCUAAUUUUGAAGAAGCUCCCUUUUCUAAAAAAACAAAAAAAAAUAUUAGCAGUAUCUUCUAUGACCUGCAGAAGUGGCAGCCUGUGACAUC